CUUAUUUUACAAUUAGCUUUGGAGGACAAUGUAAAUAAUUCUCAGCAAUUACUAUUAUUACCAGAACAAACUACUAAAGAAAACAAUGAAACAAACGUCUUAAGCUUGUCUUCGAUGGACACAAAUCCUGCACCCUCAUUGACAUCAUUACAGGCAGUUGAUCCGUUUGUUCUUCUCAACAAUGAAAAUGAAUAUAUAAUGGAAGUCGAAUCAGAAAGUAAUAAAGAAUUCGCUACUGAUGAAAAUAUUGUUUGGAAUGAUGGUAUUACCAACCAGGAUUUUCAGUCAUAUGAUAUCUCCUUUUCAUCGCAAGGCCUAGUUGCUGAAGAAGAGGAUAGUCUUCAAGAAUUGGCUGUCUCUGGUAAUGCAGAUAUCCCAUCACCAGGAACUUCUGUUUUGUCAUCUAACGUAGAUGACACUGAUAUUGAUAGCACAUACUGUCCUCGUUUCAACUCAGAGUCAGAACUAUCUACUGAUGAGUCUAUAGUGAGUAUUCCUAGAGUUGCUUCAAAGGUUUCAAGUGACAGUACUUCUUAUGUGAGGAGGAGCCAAAAGAUAGCUCAAGACAAAAUUCUACUGGUUCCUUACACUGAUUCGGACACGGAGGAAGAAGCAAACAAAACCAAUCCUAAUGUAAAAAAAGGAAAGAAGAGGGUGAGGAAUGAAAACAAAUGGAAAAAAAUGUGUGAGGAAACAGCUAAGAGUUAG